AGCUGACAACAGCACUUUAUCAAGUAUCCAGUUAAAAUUGGAUCUUCCUGGUUUUGAAGGAUAUUUACCUACUUAUUGGCCCGGACAACACAUUACUGGUGAGAUCAAGCUGGAUUUGAAGCAAGCAAUGACACUCACACAUUUGCGAAUAGCACUCUUUGGUAAUGUUCAGGUAUACGGGAGCCGUCCUGGACAACCUAUUAAUAACGGCCUUUUCGAUUAUUCAAAAAAUGUUCAGCUAAUAAAUACUGGUAUACGAGUGAUGAAGAAGGCAUCCCCACCAAAAAACGGCAAUGCUACAACUUUAGGAAGAGAUCUUAUCAAUGGACAACAACAAACAGAUGAUGUUGAAUCACAAUUGUACAAAAGUAUCAUUUCCAACCACACAGAAACUGAUGAAUCCGAAGCUUUUCAAAGUUUGAUAAGCUCUAAUGCAAAUUCACAUAAAGAAUACAAGUUUAAAUCUCUUGAUAUAAACAGCAACCAUAAGAAAAAACAGCGGAAGAAAACACCAGAAGAUCGACAUAUAGAAUUCUUAAUAAGAAAGAUAGCUGCAAUUACGCAUAAUGAGAACAACAAAAGCAACGGCAUUUUGGACAAUUUCAUUCGAGUGCCAGACACUGAGCAAUUGAGACAACACGUUGCAGAUAAAUCCAGGAACAAUUUCGAAUUGGAUGCCAAUACAUAUAAGAUCCGCUUUUCUCUACGCGUACCAACGUCGUAUCGAUUAGCUGGUAGCUUUGAUCAUCCACACUACCCAAUUUGCCAUCGUAUUGUCGCUUUAAUGAAAUGUAAACCUCUUAGUGAAGAACAGAAGCAGCAAAAAGAACUGACUUAUUACUCUACCGUCAAGAUAUCCCUUGAAUCCCAUGUAAACAUGCAUUCCGCUGAAUACCAGAAGUGCGUACAAACUGAAGUUGUCUAUCAGCACAUGAAUAGCCGUUCCUUAUUUUACAACUAUAUGCUUUCUUCUUCAAGCACUCUGUCUUCCUGGGUGCAAAGGCUACUUCAUUCAAAUCAAAAAAGGACACCAAUUGAGUCUCAAGAAACAUCGCCUUCAAGAAUAUUUUUAUCGUCUUAUUUGCGAGCUUAUGCCGAAAUACACCAACAAGUGUUCCUACGCUCGCAAUUCAUACCGCUUCAAAUAAAACUUGAUAACCAUACCCAACCCCACUUCAGUAUUACAGUCAUCAAAAUUACAAUCGAUUUUUUACGCCGUAUUUUCAUGACAUGUAGUCUCAGUGAAGAAGUAGAGAAGAAAUUGAUCACAUCCAAGUGCGUGGAGUUCUCUUUGGGAACAACGAGGAAUGAUGCAGAGGCUGCUGCUUCUUUCUCGCAUUUGUUUGAACCUGACACACGACACUGCUUCGAUUUAUCUAAGGUAUUGAAAAUUCCAGAAGACUGUUCUUGCACAAUAGCACCAGAAACUACAAAACAGGUGUACGGCUUGGGUUAUGACCUUGAAAUUAGGAUAGAAGUGAGUGGCGUGUUAACCGAAGCAGUAUGGCAAUCUAAGUCAGCUAAUUUGAAGAAAGAUAUAGCAGCAACAGAAAGAAUAUAUGUAGCAACAGACAAGCAGAUAACAACCCAUCCGGAAUUUAAGCCUUAUACACCGUAUUGUGAGCCUUAUUAUCACAAAUUGAAGAAAUAUACAUUGCAACUUAGGCCUUUGAAUGUUGCAGUAGCAAAUUCAACAUGUUAAGAAAUUAAUAAAUCAUUAGCAUUUUCGGUUUCGAGCUUGGCAAUACGGUAAAAUGGAGGGAGGUUACACCUUUCAUGUUCGCA